UGUGUAUGUGUGCGUGCACAGUGUCGGUGUAAACUGGAGCGACAAGAGGACCGAAAGCGGAGGCACUGAGAAAUUUCUACAGAAAUGGACGGCAUCAGCGAUGUUGCAGUUGGAGUGAAGAGGGGAUCAGAUGAGCUGAGUAUGUACAACAGUCCCAACUCUGGCAUGAGCAGUAUCAGUGAUGGCGCUUCCAAUGGCAGUGACAGUAAAAAGCUGAGGGUGGAGGAGGCCCCACCAUCCCGUGUGCUUCACAUCAGGAAACUGCCCAACGAGGCCUCUGAGACUGAAGUCAUCGCCCUUGGAUUGCCUUUUGGCAAAGUCACCAAUAUUCUUACACUGAAGGGAAAGAACCAGGCAUUCUUGGAGAUGGGAACGGAAGAGGCAGCGAUCACCAUGGUUAACUACUACACCACUGUCACUCCUCAUGUCCGCAACGUCCCUGUCUUUAUUCAGUACUCCAAUCACAAAGAACUCAAAACUGAUGCUGGCAAUCAGCGGACACAGGCAGUGCUUCAGGCAGUGUCGGCAGUCCAGUCUGGUGGAUCACCAAGCUCAGACGUACAGGAGGCUCUCGCUGCUGCUUCCAGUCCUGUGCUGCGGAUCAUCAUCGACAACAUGUUCUACCCUGUAACGCUGGAUGUAUUGCAACAGAUUUUCUCUAAGUUUGGCACAGUUAUGAAGAUAAUCACAUUCACCAAGAACAAUCAGUUCCAAGCCCUUCUACAGUUCAGUGAUCCUGUCAAUGCACAGCAGGCCAAACUGGCGCUGGAUGGCCAAAACAUCUACAAUUCAUGCUGCACACUGCGGAUCGACUUCUCCAAGCUGGUCAACCUAAAUGUCAAGUACAACAACGAUAAGAGUCGCGACUACACGCGACCCGAGCUGCCUGCUGGUGACGGCCAGCCCAGCAUUGACCCCACAGUGGCCGCUGCCUUCAGCAAAGACUCCAGCUCCCUCCUCGGUAAGAUCCCAGGAGCCCUGAACCCCCUGAGUGCGGCAGCGGCAGCUGCUGCUGCUGCAGGGAGGGUGGCCCUAGCUGGACAGACGGGGUCCAGUGGGGUCCUACUGGUCAGCAACCUCAACGAGGAGAUGGUUACGCCCCAAAGUCUGUUUACCCUCUUCGGCGUGUAUGGUGAUGUCCAGAGGGUGAAAAUUCUGUACAAUAAGAAGGACAGCGCUCUGAUUCAGAUGUCAGACGCCAACCAGGCCCAGCUAGCAAUGAGCCACUUGAAUGGCCAAAAGAUGUAUGGGAAGAUCAUCCGUGUGACGCUGUCCAAGCACCAAACCGUUGCGCUGCCUCGUGACGGCCUGGACGACCAGGGCUUGACCAAGGACUACGCCAACUCCCCACUUCAUCGCUUCAAGAAACCUGGCUCCAAGAACUUCCAGAACAUCUUCCCACCGUCUGCCACCCUCCACCUCUCCAACAUCCCACAAGAUGUGACAGAGGAUGACCUGCGGCUGCUCUUCUCCAACGCCGGAGGCACUGUGAAAGCUUUCAAGUUUUUCCAGGAUCGUAAAAUGGCUCUGAUCCAGAUGUCAACAGUGGAGGAGGCCAUCCAGGCCUUGAUUGACCUUCACAAUUACAACAUGGGAGGCAACCAGCACCUGAGAGUCUCCUUCUCAAAGUCCACCAUUUAAGAAUCUAACCCACACACAUCUGACAGGACCAGGGUUUACUGUCAGAAACCUUUCAGACUGUGUCUGGACACUGGGGGGGGACCAUAUGAUUGAAUCAGUUUUGUUAUUAGGGUUCUGUUCAUCCUGUCAUUCCUUGAGAGAGACUGAAACCUUUGACUUGCAUCAUUUUUUAAAGAGAAAAAAUAUGUUUGCAGAUACUGAAUCCUCCCAGCUAUUCGUAACUGUACCUCUGUAUUUUUAUGUCAAGCGAAAUAUUGACAUGAUUGAUUGUCCCCCUGUAUGAUAGUUUGAUGUAGAUCAUUGUUUAAUUCUUGUUUUAGUUGAAAUGAUACAGUAAUUAUGUGCCUUACUUGACAACAUCAACUGUUUCUACAGCUGGACAUGUUCAUUAAUUACCCUCCUAUGCUUUAGGGCACAUUGGUAUUGGAUAUUUUUGGGGGUUAGUAAAAAUGCAAGCUGUUUGUCAUCCUAUAGACAUUAUUACAGGUAUUGAAUCUCUGCCAUCAAUCAGGCAUAGCUUUUCAGUUUUGUUCAUAACAUUUUCCUUUUUAGUUUAGCAACAGGAGAGAAUAUUCCUGGGGCAACAUGUAAGAGUUUUUACAGCAGCCUGUGACAGGCACUUUAACUUGAAUACCAUUAUUCCACAAGUAUGUUCAGGGCAAGAUUGUUCUCCCCCAGUUUUGAUUUCCCAUGACGUCACGUAUCACGUGACUUGUGGCUAAGUAUUUCUUUAUCCGUGUUUUUGAAGCCUUCCAUUUUCCAUAGCAGUGAGGUGUAAUUGUCAGUGAUGAUGGUUUUCUAAGCAUGUAUAGUUAUGAUAGGAUCUCACAUCAGAAAGUGUUGCAUGCUGUGGAAGCAGUUAGAAGAUGAGUCCACUGUGAUUUGAUUGUCAUGUGACAGUUUACUCGAGAGGGCUACUCAGUUGGACCAAAGUUUCUGUGCCUUUAGUGUUCUUUAGUUCAGUUUAACAAAAAAACAAACAUUUGAUAACACUGAAAUGUUGCAUUUCAGGGAGAAAUGCUCAGAAUUUUAAGUGAUGAAUUUUUUUCAUUUUUUUUUAAAUACCCAACAGGACCUCUUGACUUGAGGUGUUUGAUCAGAAAUAAUAGUUAUGUAUAUUUUUUCUUCCAAGUCCAAUUUUAUACAGCUCAAAAUGUAAGGAUUUGCUAUAGUUCUGAAGAGGCACAAUUAAAGGAUGAAUUAUUUUCUAACAAGGGGAGGUGCGACUUGGUUUCAUGCUUUUUGAGUUUUCCCUCUCGUGGUCUCUCUCGUGUAUUCUGCAUUGCGUCUGUAGCAUGCCUAAUAAAACUAUUCUGUAGCUCUGCAUUCACCUCCUCUGUCUCUCUUCUCUGUUCUGUCUGCUCCGCUCACUUCUGAAACCAUCUUCAGUCCCAGGGUGGGAAGGAAGCCAAAAUUCAUUUUGGAGCCACUUGAAAACGAGCUCUAAUACGCCAGAUUGAGCCCUCUGAUGGUACUAAUUCAAAAGACAAGAAGUACAUUUUGUUGAUGCGUUUCCCACCCUGCCAACUGACACAAUCUAUUCCUUUGAUGUCUUGCUCUUCUCUCCUCUGGUAGUUGCCUAUUUUCUAAUCAGUCUCUAAGGGCCUCUGCUCUCCUAACAAUCUAUGUGAUCUACUCAACUUGCUCUCACACCUUCAGCAAUUACAAACAUGGCCUUAGCUGUCACUUCACAAGCUGUCUGCAUUUUAUGCUGCU